CAGGUUAGAAGAGUGAUGACCAUCCUGUUCCUUACUAUGGUUAUUUCAUACUUCAGUUGCAUGAGAGCUGCGCCCCUGAGAGACGCCCCGGGUAUGCGGGGCCAUCGGACGGAAGGCUACUUGGGCGCCGCUGCGACGGCCGCACGAGGCCAUGGGACUCCACAGAGUGGUGGUGGGCCAGGCCAGCGCGGGGAACUGCCCUCACUCACAGACACGUUUGAGCAGGUGAUAGAGGAGCUGCUGGAGGUGGAGGGAGAUGCGGCACAGCUGGGACAGGGGGCUGAUAAGACCCAGGAAGGUGGGGGCCCAUCCUCUGUGGUCACCACGGAGACCAAGGAUGUCGACCUGUACGACUCGCGGGUGAUGAUCAGCAACCAAGUGCCUUUGGAGCCGCCGUUGCUCUUUCUUCUGGAGGAAUACAAAAACUAUCUGGAUGCCGCUAAUAUGUCCAUGAGGGUGCGGCGACACUCCGAUCCCUCACGGCGUGGAGAGCUCAGUGUGUGUGACAGUAUUAGCCAGUGGGUGACAGCUGUGGAUAAAAAGACGGCAAUAGACAUGUCUGGGCUGACAGUUACCGUCAUGGAAAAGGUCCCUGUCCCCAAUGGCCAACUGAAGCAAUACUUUUAUGAGACCAAAUGCAACCCCAUGGGGUACACAAAGGAGGGCUGCAGAGGAAUAGACAAGCGGCAUUAUAAUUCCCAAUGCAGGACAACCCAGUCCUAUGUGCGAGCGCUCACCAUGGAUAGCAAAAAGAAGAUUGGCUGGCGGUUUAUAAGGAUAGACACUUCAUGUGUAUGCACAUUGACCAUUAAAAGAGGGAGAUAG